CCCAUUGCCUGUCCUGCCCGCCCGCCGCAGUUUGCCAGUUUUAUUCCUAUAAGUAUAAUACUCUUCCCGUCCGGCACCGUUUCCAAAAUGUCAAGGGGGCCUGGAGCUGGAGACAUCGACGAAGAUUUACCGGAAGUCGUUGCAGACCAUGAUGACAGUGUGGACGAAUACCUACAACGUUGGGGUGUUCCCGAAUUAAGUGCAAAUUUCAAAGAACAUGAAAUCGACACCGCUGCUUUGAAGCUGCUAGAUGAAACUUCACUUGUUGAGCUGAUACCCAAGAUUGGCUUGAGGCUCAAAUUUCUUCAGGGUUGGAGGAGAGAUUUUCCAAAGCAACAGCAUGCUGCAAUAAGAGCGCAGAAGCCUCCACUACAGUACAGUGAUGAUGACUCCUCUGAUGACCUGACGGAUGAGCAUGAGUUGUCCGAUAUUUCCUCCCAACAAAGCAAUGCAUCAGCUUCAGUGUCUGGGGCAUCCUCAUCCUCAAGUGGCACACCCUCUCACCAAAAGAAACGAAAGAUGUCACUGUUUAAUGCACGGACUAUUCUUCAGACAACCAAGGUUGGCACAGCUAUUGUUGCACAACUUCAAGCUGAUAAAGUGCUCACAAAGAAGGCCAGAUGCACAAUGACAUCCUUGUUGGUUGGAUUCCUCAUUGAAAACCAUGGUUUGAAGCCAAGUUCAUACGAGAAGCAGUGUCUUGCUGAGAGUAUCAUUGAGGAGUUUCCAUACCUCAAAGAUCCAGAGGGCAAAGGCUAUGAAGCAUGGUAUAUGAAAGGUGCAAACAAACGUCCAGCUACAGGGUACUUGGAGGAACGACUAAGGUACAUCAGAAAGACGAUGCUCGAUAAGGAGGACAGGAACAAGGGGAAAUUGGAUGCUCCUGCUGAAGAGCCACCUCGUGAAGGGACAACUAGUUCUCCUGAAGAAGAAGCCAGGAUGGUAGCUUGGCUGAAGGACAACAUGGAGCCAGCAAGCAAAGUUCAAGAAUACAUGGCACUGACAGCAAGGCAACGCAAGAAUUUCAUUGGGCAGAAGAAGCAAUCUCUGGCUGGCAUCUUGGAGGAAUUUCCACGUAUUCUCGACAAAGACAUGAUUGCACAGGACUUUGAUUUGGUGCAUCAUCCAGGUAUUGCAGAUAACCUCUUCUUCAAGUGGGAAGGCUUGUGUGACUCUGUGAUAGCAUAUGCCAACUUCAUGACUCCAACUUGGAAGCAAGUUCUCCACAUGCAGGACAAAGUAGAUGGUACACUCUCUACAGCGGAGAAGAAAAACCUGGCCCUGUUCCUUCUACCAGUCAUUCUGGGGGGCCGCAGUAAAGGCAAGCGAGGAGGCCGAUGCAGCCUGUUUGACAGCAUUGAUGCAUUUAUUGACUUAAAACCGGCCAUAAUCAACGUGGACAACUACCUGGACAGCAUCAAUGCCGAAAAGAGGCCACAACCGUUCAUCCUUGCACUCUACACAACUGAGCGCUUGAGUCCAUCUCAAGUCUUCUUGGUGGUUGAGAGACGGGCCAUCCCUUACCCAAGUCUGAUAAAGACUGUUGAUGCAGCAUUUAAGGCACAUUACGUGCUUGACAUCAAUUACCAGCCACAAGUCAAGACAGUCUGGGAGUUCCUCCAAAAUGUCGUGUACGAACUACCAGGGAUAGUUCCCCCAAUCUUGAGGGAUUUCCGUGCGUAUUUGGUGUCCAAGUGAUUUAAGCAUUGUAAUCCAAGUAAUCUGCAUUUGGUGUCAUAGGGGUGUGAAAUCUCAGCUUUAAAGCUGAUUUCAGCUUUUUCUCGCACUUGCUGUGUACAAAAAUAUAGAUUUUCAAAGUUCAGCCUUUUUAGACCUUUUUCAGCUGUUUUCAGCUAUUUUUAUCAGUGGUCACUCACACCCUGUGGUGUGCAAGUUCUUAAUAUCAGCUACGUACAUAUAAACUUAUGUAGCAACCAUUUGUGCCCUUUUCUGGUAACAACAUAUCAAUCAGCUACAGGUUUGACAUUUGAUUAUCAUGGUGUAGUCUAACCUGGCAAGCCAGAAAUCCCAGUAAAAAAAAUAAGUGCCUGCAUUAACCUUAGUAUUUUCAUUAACGCUAAAAGGAGUGUGGAAUGUUAAGCAACCAAAUAUAAGGUGAAGUAAUCUCGAAAUUGUUUCCUCAUUUUGUAUUUAAGAGAAUAUACAACAUUUGCAAA